UGGCUGCGAGGCUCGCCCGGAAUGGGGAAGACUGCGAUAUGCCUGAGCAUUGCGUCCUACUUCAAGAACCAGGGCACCCUAGCUGCAUCCUUCUUUUGGGAUAAAAAUUAACCGGGAACGGGACUCGAUUCUAUUAAACAGUUUCCCUCCACUCUUGCAUAUCAACUCGCGUCCUUCAAUGAGGAGUUCAAGCUCUCACUUGUCAAACAUCUUCGGCAGCGAGACUUUGAGCUGGUGCAGAAUCUCCCUCUAGAGAAGCAAAUGAUGGCUCUGGUUGUUGAGCCUAUGGUCGAUCUCAAGGAUUUACUGUUAUCGAGCAAGGACCGCUUCAUCAUCAUCUUAGAUGGCUUGGACGAGUGCGGGGAUCAGGAUGCACUUGGGACCUUGAUGAAGCUUGUGCUAAUGCUUAGCACUUUGCCUCCUACAUUUACUGUGUUGGUCAGUUCUCGCCCAGAACGGCAGGUUAUC